GCAGCAUGUGGACGCUCUGGCGCCGCGCGGCCGCCGGUCUCCCGCCCCGGUCGGCGCUCCCGAGCCCGGCCCAGGCCUUCACCCCGGCCCCGGGGCCCGCGGAGUUCGCCCGGAUCUGCAGCCGCCGGGGCCUGCGCGCCGGCACGGCCGCCGCCAGCGCGCCCCGCCACCCCAGUUUGAACCUCCACUGCCUCAACCAGAUUCUGAAUGUCAAAAGGCAGAGUGUCUGUUUGAUGAGUUUGAGGAAAUCAGGAACUUUGGGUGACCCACGUUCUCUAGAUGAGACCACCUAUGAGAGACUAGCAGAGGAAACACUGGACUCGUUAGCAGAGUUUUUCGAAGACCUUGCAGACAAGCCUUACACAUUUGAGGACUAUGAUGUCUCCUUUGGGAGUGGUGUUUUAACAGUUAAACUGGGUGGAGAUCUAGGAACCUACGUGAUCAACAAGCAGACUCCAAACAAGCAAAUCUGGUUAUCUUCUCCAUCCAGUGGGCCCAAGCGCUACGAUUGGACUGGGAAGAACUGGGUGUACUCGCACGACGGCGUGUGCCUCCACGAGCUGCUGGCCACCGAGCUGACUGCAGCCUUAAAAACCAAACUGGACUUAUCUUCCUUGGCCCACUCUGGAAAAGGCACUUGAUACCCAGCCCAGUUUUAAAGACAUUAAAAGCUAUCAGGCCAAGACCCAGCUUUGCUCUGCGGCCGAGUGUCUGUGUCUUCCCAUUCCUGCUUUUGAGGACAGUUGCUUGUGCAUAACAGCUCUGUGAAAAGAGUGUGUUGCCUUCCACCCUGCCCCCAAGUUCUGAUCUUUAAUUUUUAUAGAGAUUUUUUUUGCAUUUAUUGUCUGAUUUCCUCCUUCACAUGCGGAUUGUACCCCUUUUAUAGUGUCUUCUACCUAUACCUUAAUAUAAUAACCUCACAAAAAGAAAAAUAAGAAGAAAAAAUUCCAGGAGAAGUGAAUUGUCUUCACUCUUGAUUCUUUGAAGGAUUUACUGCAAAAACUACAUGAAGAGAGCUGGUCCUUCUGUCUCAAAAUGAGACUAUUAAAGAGUAGCCUAUAAAUGUUCCCAGGCCUCUUUCAAAGUGUAAGCACUUCUGAGCUCUUUAGCACUGAAGUGUCAAACGCAGCUCAGAUGGGAAGACCACCCCCCAUCCAUGCUUUGUGCCUACCAAGGUGUGGCCUACCCUGGGUUAUCCAGGGAGACCUGCUGCUGUUUCUUGCACAUACUCAUACAUAUGUGUGCACGCACACACACGUGUAUGUGUGUAUAUGCAUUUUUUUUUUUAAUUUAAAGGUCAGUACAGAAUCAGCUGCUGGAAUACGAGUUGGAGAAUGCAAAAAAGUCUACUAAGGACAGGAAGUGGGGGAAAAGCCAUUUCCAAGAGCUGAGUGAUACAGGAUAAUAAACAAAGUCCUAGAGCUGAGGAGUACCUUGUAAAUGUGAAGGGUCAUAGGAAUGAGAGAGAUACUUGAAUUGAUAAAAAGAACCCUGGUCGUAGAUAUGGCUCAGCCGCAAAGUAGUUGUGUAUCUGUGGACAAGUUUCAUAGACUUCCUGGCCCUCUGCUUUCCUGUCUGUUAAGUGAGAGGAUGGAGCAUAGUUGAUUCCCAACAGUGAGUGGGCCUGUUGGGCAACCGAACAGGCUGGCGUUAAUUCCCACUGGGUAGAUGAGGGGAUGACAGGGAACAAUUUUUAAAGCCAUAUUGUAACACAGGGAAUGGCCCGAAAAAGGGUAAAAGUGUUUCACAAGCUGUCACUUUAAAACCUCCCCCACUCUUUUGGGGAAUUAAAACCUGCAUCCCUGCCAGGCCAGUGACCAGAGGGACAGGGGAAUGUCCUUUUUCUUGUACCACAGGAAAUGACUCAAGGGAAUUGUCCAGGCAGAGGUUAUGAGAUUGUCUUCCCUGGAGAUGGGUCGAGAUGGGAUAUAUCAGCAUCAUGAACUUUGGUUAAACAGCAAGAGCCCCAAGCUGAAACCUCCCCUUUAAAAACUCUGUUUCUGCUUAUAGAUAGGAUGUUGGUACUUUAAGACAGGAGUUUGUCAGCCUGCUCAUUUGCCAGCAAAUGAAUAAACCUCCCUUUCCUUCUCAAACCACUGUCCUCAUGCUUCUGAUGUGACCUUGGGGACAAGUGCCAAACUUCUGGUAACAAUAUAGUAAAUGUAUUGCUACAGAUGUUGCUCUUUUGGGAUUUCAGCUAAAUUCACGCUAAAAUAAUAGCAUCCUUUAUUGUGCCCUUACUAGGUUAUUACCUGUUACACCACAUUACCUCAUUUUAAUUUUUACUGACCUGCACUUUAUACAUGAAGCCACAAGCAUCCAGGACAUUAAAACUCAUCCAAAGUUAUAUUAUUUUCUUACUAAAGAUUCAUUACUGACAGGUCUAUGUGAAUGUGUAGCAAAGGCUUUUGCAAUGAGUGAACAAAAACGCAUUCUAUUAUAGACAUGGGAGAACAAUAGAACAGUAUAAAUAAAUACUAAAUGGGUGUUUAAAAUAUUUUUUUCUUCAGAAAUAAAACUAUUUUUUGACUCUGGUGGAAAUUUUUAAGUUGAGUAGGUCAGUGCCAGUGAGAAAAAUAAAUAAAAUUCUGUGUGUGUG